AUGGACGACUAUAAUAGCCCCAGGCGUCACCAUGCCGCACAGAAUAUCAACACCGGCCACGCAAGGUCAAACACCCCAGGGCCGCCUUUCAACGCAGCCAGCAUGACGAGUAAUACUGGCGCCAUGGCGCCCCCGGGACGCAGGCCAAAUAUAGCCCUUGAUAUCCAUGGUUCUGGACAGCAACAGCUCCAAGUCGACGCCAACUAUAGCGGCUACGGCGGCUAUCACAUGGGCAACGACCCGAACAUGCAUCUUGGCAUGGAGCCACAGCCUCAGAAUAUUCUAUACGCCCCGAACCCCUACUCGUCUCCCGCGGCACUGGCCAACCCAAUUCAGGGCCUACAAGCUAAUAACGCUACCGUAAACAUGGGCAACCUCGGCGGCCAAGCUCGCGGGCAAUCGUUGAGGCAGCACUCCCAGAUGCUGUUGCGCGGAAUGCAGGCGUUUACUCCAACCCAAUGCGCUUCUACCGGAUACCAGCCAAGCCUCGACGGCCGAGAUGACAUGUUUUACAGCACCGACGCAAGCGCAGGUCAUAAUAUCGAUGAAGCGUACGGUGGCCCGGUUGCAAGCCACCAAGCUCUUGGUGCCACGACCGUUGGUGCGGCCCCGUCUUCGCAACGGGCACGUCGUCGUCAAGGCAUUUCGAAAACUUCACAGCCUGCUACAAGUCAUGGCGUACCAGACUCGAAUACCAAUGAAGACUGCAACGACGAGGACCUCUACAACGACGAGGACCUCUACAACAACGAGGACCUCGACAACGACGAAUACGAGGACCACGACAGCGACAAGCAUGGUAGGACCAUCAAUGAUGAUAUAGACUAUGAUGGCGAGGACGGAAAACUCCAAAACCCUAGCCCAGACGAGGAAGAAAAGCUCGACGAAAAGUUUCGAGAGGAAGAGGUUGGAGAGCCUGAUGGCAGAAAAUACGGGCAGUGUUGCAACGACCGCGAUUCCAAGAAAAAGAAGAAGCCUAAUACUAAGCCAGAAAACGUCUAUCCAAGUUUUCGACAAUAUCUUCGUCAACAAGGUAUAAAUUUGCAAGACUUCUGCAAGCCAAGAGCAAUGGGGAAGAUGCAGUUCCAGUACAACCAAGAAGGGCAGCUGGAGGGUUCGUCUUUUAACUCUAAGCAAAUCAGGGAAUACGUGAAAUAUAAACGGGAGGAACACGCCCUCGAUGACAAAAAGUCCUCGGAAGACACGGGGAAACCCCAGUUCAUCAUGUGGCUUCAGAGCCCCCCAUGCCAAGCCACAGAUCGCAUGAAAGGCAUCCAUAAUAAAUGCAGGUGGGAAGAUUGCCCCUCCGACUCGGCCCAAAUCGCACCAGGGUGGUUCAGGGUUGCGUUCGAUGAGCAUCCGGAGGCAACGUCGGUUGGGAAAAUUGACCCUCUGAAACCAGCCCUCUGCCUCCAUCUGUGGUGCUUCGAAAAGAUCUUCAGCAGAAGCGAGAUGCGGGAAUUUCUAGAAGGCGGGUAUCUCAAGGGCGACACUCGCAAACCACUUGGCAAGGAGGAUAAAAAUAUUGUGACUUUGGAAAAGGACGGCAGAAAAGGCGCCAGCAGCGUAAUCAAGGAGUGGCAAGAUGCAAAGAAUGAGGCCGAGGUUCUGGAGAAGCAUCGCAGACUACUUUAUCUCGGUCACGAGGUCGACGCAGGAGACAACAAGGCCCCUGGCCACAUACUGAAACGUGGACGGAGGUACCGGGACGAGCACCUUCUCUCAUUAGCUUGCAAGUUGACUCUCUGGCAGGCCGACAUGCUCCCUAAACACGGUUCCAUGGUAAAAGGCAAAGGGACCAGGACGAGGUGCCGAGAGAAGCGCAAUGAAGACGUGCCAGAGGGCCUCAGGAACACGCUCGAUUAUAACCUUGGCGACCUUGAAGCCUCCAUUGUCAUAGCACGUCUCAAGAAAGUGUGGCAUGGGACCACCCUGGAUGGUGCAGUACAAUUCUGGAAAACAAAAGAAAAAGAACAUCAAGGUGCGUUAAACAUGUGCCAGGGAAAACUUGAAAAGGCCAAGAAGGUUGAAAAAAUACACAAGGACGCAUACAAUGAGGCUGAACAAGAGUGCCGGAAGGCUGAAGAAAAGUACGGGAAGGCUGAAGAAAAGUACAAGAAGGCUAAACAAGACUGCGAGACGGCUGAAAACAACUUGAAAAAGGCUAAAGAGCAAGCUGCAAAGCACACUGAACCGGGAAGAGGUGUUGCAAACAGGGAAGCCACCAAGGCAAAAGGUAAGAACAGGGCCGCCGUCGAGGAGACGGAUGAAGAUGCCCAAGACGCCAAAAGGAGGCGUGACCGGGCUCGCCGAGAUCUUGCAAAAGCCGAAGAAGAAAAAGAUGCAGCCGAACUGAAGAAAACUGAAGCCGGCCGGAAGAAAACUGAAGCCGACCUGAAGAAAAAAAAUGCCGAAGGAUCUCUGGAAACGGUCACGAAAGAUCGACAAAAACUGGAGGCAAGCGUCGAAGAGAAGACAAGAAAACUUGCCGCAGCUCGCGCAAAAAAAGAAGAGAAACAAAAGAAUCGUGACGAAGCUACUGAGGAGGUACACAAAAAUAACGACAUAGUCCUCCGCAGCAUUGACGAAGGUAUUGAGAAAUUAGAAAAAGAGCCCGCCAGGGAGAAGUUUGAAUCCCCAUCUAUCGACGCUGGCUACGAAUCAACCAGUACCGAGCAGCUGCACAAAAAGAAGACGAGCAAGGGGAAGAAGAGCGGCACGGGGACGACGACGACGGCGCGCCAAGGCAGCAAAAACUCGCCGGUGGUCAUCACGAGCUCGCCAUCUCUAUGCACGAGCGGGAAUGGAGAACAGGAAGAAGAAGAAUCGGCUUCUUCUCCAGGCACCGCCAGUAAAGGCAGAUGCUCAGGCAGACGGCUGUCAGGCACAAACUUGCUAAAAGAUGAAGCUUGGGAAGACUGGCUGUCUGAGAGCCUGAUCACGGUGGAUGGAAAGCCGCCGAGUCCCUCCAUGAUGCUCGGGCCAAGUUCGCCGUCCUUGGGCCAAUCCAUAUACACGGCGACACCUCCCGGCGUUGCCUCGACGCCAAAGGCACGGGCGCCGCAGGGCCGAGUCCUGGAGGAAGCACCAGACGAGGACGAGGACGAAGACGGGCCCUGCAGGAUCAAGCAAGAACCCGGGGCAGCGUCGCGGAAGCGCAGCCUGUGGGAACUACCAGACUACAACGACACCAAGGAUCCCCCCAGGGCAAAGCGAGCACGCAUUGCAGCUCCGCAACAAUCCUCCGGCGCCACCGACAGGCCAACACGACGCAAGAGGCGCGCCGACGACGAUGCAGCCGGCGAACAUCCCCAGAAGAGGAUGCAUCGAUAG